AUGUAUUUAAUACUUAUAUUUGAAAUCGUGAUAGUAACUUGCUUAAUUGGCUAUAUGAUUCAAAAAUAUUGUAGCAAGGAUGUUAGUAUUUAUGUAAAAGGCAUGGCACUAGUAUCAUGGUUAAUUAAUUUUUUGCUGCUACUAUUUUUACCUUUUGACAUAUAUAUUACAUAUAGAGAUUAAAGCGUUGGAUCUAUUUCGAAUGAUUACCUGAGUUUAGCUGAAGUAAUGACUUUAAUACUAUGAUAGACUUAUCAAAUACUUUAUUGGACAAAUUUCAUAUUGUGUUGGACUGUAAUUCCGAUUAUGUAAGAAUAUGAAGAAUCAGUUGAGUUAGAUAAGAGAGAUAAAUUAAAAAAAGCACUUAAAAACAAUGUGAGAUUCUAUAUUAUAAUUUCUGUUGUUGGCAUAGUUUUUGUUCUAGCAAUUUUCUAUACUGGAUAAGCUUAAUAGUGUGGUUUAGGUACAUUUUUGAAGAGUAUGGCAAAUUCAUUUGGAGUUGCUCUAAUUAUAGUUUUAUUGGGUUAUGGAUUAGUUAUAAUUCCAAAGGCAUAAAUGAGAACAUCCUAAUUGGAUGUAUAGAUGAAAUAUCUUUAUUUUAGAACGGCAAGCAUAAAUGGAGAAAAGGAUGAUGCUCAUCAUAAAUUGUUGGAAACAUCAAUGAAAGUAUUUUAAAUAAAGGAUCAACGAUUUGAUAAUGAUGAUAUGAUGUAUUACCUUAAUAAAUGCUUAAAUAUGAUACCAAGAAAUAUGCAUAAGAUUUUAAAAAAGGAAGAAGAAAAGAGAAAAUCAUAAAUCCUAAUGACUAUAACAGGGGCUUUUUUUAAAAAUAAAGGACCAGAAUCUGUUGAAGAAAUGAUGAAUUUAUAUUAAGAAAUAAGAAAGAACUCAUUAGAAUACAAGAGAAUUAAAGCAUAAUGGAAAGAGAAUUGUAAAUCAGCAUAUGAAAUGGAGGAUAUUAUAAAGGCUAUAAAUAGUUAAGAAAAGAAGGUUUAAUUUUCUUUUAAAAAACCAAGAGAAGGAACUUUUGCAUAAAAAUUGGAUAUAUUAGAAUGGCAUUGGUUAUGUGUUAUAAAACCUUAAUUAAAAGUAAUAAUAUCUUUGACUUUUGGAAUAUUAUCUAUUUUAGUAUUGAUUUCUGAAGUAACAAUUUUUAUGGGUACAUAAUUUACAAUAUUUGGUUUACCUCUUAGAUAUGUUGAUGGAUUAUUAAGUAUUUCCUUUUAUUCAUUUAUACCUUUACUCUACAUUGCUUUUUGUGUUUAUUAUGGUUUAUUUAAAAUAAGAAUUCAAGGAUUUUAUGGACUUUAUGGAGAUCAUUAGACAGAUGCACCAAGUCUUAUGUUUGCAACAAUCAAUUUUAGUAGAGUUGGAGCACCAUUAUGUUAGAAUUUCUUAAAUAUGAUUAAACUAAAAUAAGAGACUGCUUUUAGAUAUGCAAUGGGAAAUGUAUGAAUUCAAUAAUAUAAAUAUUUAGAUUGAAUUAUUACCAAUAUUUGGAGUUAGUAUUACAGCUUUAAUGCCAUGUUUAUUGAUUGUUUUAUGUUUGAUUAAUUACUUUGAUUUGUUUGAUAAGACUCUUUAAUUGAUUGGUAUGAAAUAAUUCAUUUUUAACAAUACAUUUUCUGACAGACUCAUUUUUGAAGGAAGAGAUGCACUUAAGUUAAAUAGAUAAUAUUUUGAAAGAAAAAUGAAACCAGAAGGAUGGUCAGAUUCAUCUGAACCUUAUGAUAUUGAAUUAUAACAGAAACUAAUGUAUUGA